AUGGCAGCGGCAGGGAGACUGCGGGGACGGCGGCGGGCGCUCAAGGAGGUGGAGCGCGAGCCCGAGCCGUUCACCAUCGAGGAGGAGGUGUCCCACCUCACCCGGGUUCGGUCGGAGCCGUGCCCCGGCACCCGCGCCGCCAUCCAUGGCGCCAGGCGGAAGAGGGACUUCUCGGCUUUCGAGAUGCUGUCGUCGAGGGAGUCCGGCCUCUCGGGAGGCGGCGGGUUCUGUUCGGCCGACCGCGCCUACGCCGCCGGGAAGCACCUCCCGUCGGAAGGACCGUGGUGCGUGGAAGACAUGGAUAGCGAGGCCUAUGUCUCGCAGUUCUCCAGCGAUGGCUCGCUGCUCGUUGCCGGGUUUCGGGGAAGCCGCAUCAGAGUUUACGAUGCCGAUAGAGGGUGGAAGGUUCAUAAGAACAUAAGCUGCAGAAGUAUGAGGUGGACGGUUUCAGAUAUUGCUCUCUCCCCUGACCAGCGAUACCUUGCCUAUUCCAGUUUGUCGCCUAUUGUUCACAUUGUGAAUGUGCAGAAUGCUGGAAGAGAAUCGGAUGCUAAUGUUACUGAAAUUCACGAGGGUUUGGAAUUCUGUGAUGACGAUGAAUACUCUUUCGGGAUAUUCUCUGUGAAAUUUUCAAAAGAUGGUAGAGAAGUAGUUGUUGGGAACAAUGAUUGUUCAAUACAUGUCUAUGAUCUUGGAGCAAAUAAAGUGUCUGACCGUAUCCGUGCUCAUACGUCUGAUGUCAACACGGUCACCUUUGCUGAUGAAAGUGGCAAUUUGUUGUACUCUGGAAGUGAUGAUAAUCUCUGUAAGGUCUGGGAUAGGCGUUGCCUUGUAAGAGAGAAACCAGCAGGUGUUUUGACAGGUCACUUAGAUGGGAUUACAUGUAUUGAUAGCCGUGGUGAUGGGCGUUAUCUAAUCUCCAACUGCAAGGAUCAGACUAUCAAACUUUGGGACGUCAGAAAGAUGUCCGCCACUGUAAAAGGACGACAACCAAGAUUAUAUGACUGGGACUACAGAUGGAUGACGUUCCCAUCACAUGCUAGAUAUUAUAAGCAUCCAAAUGAUCUGUCUCUGGCAACAUACAGGGGUCAUUCAGUUCUGCGGACACUUAUCCGCUGCUACUUCUCUCCAAUGCACAGCACGGGCCAGAGGUACAUAUACACUGGAUCAAGUGACGAUUCAGUGCAUAUUUACGAUGUGGUAACCGGGGCGACCGUGAAGAAGCUCUCGUGGCACGGUUCGAUCAUCAGAGACUGCACCUGGCAUCCUUAUUGUUCAACGCUCGUAAGCUCUUCCUGGGACGGCUAUCUGGCCCGGUGGGAGGCAUCAGGUGACAACGAGGACCCCUCGGUGCUCACGUGCGACGAGCAGAGGACUAGCCCUUACGACCAGACAUACGGGCUCUCUUUUGCCCUGUAG